AUGCAAAUUGGGAAUCCAGAGUUUUAUCUUGCUAGUUUUCAGUCAAAUGGUGGGAUAAAUUCAAAGUUGAAAGAGUUGCAGAUUAUGUUUACAGAGAUUUUCCUUCAGUUGCACAACCUUCGAAGACUAAACCCACCUCUCCCUGUGGAUCUUCUUCUCUCUCAAACCGAGGGAAAAUCAAAGUUAGAAUUGCAAGAAAUCUCCAGACAGUUGAUUAUUCAAGCCUCACAAAUGGAUGAUGAUGAUGAUGAUGAUGAUGAUGCUACCCCAAAAUCAGAGUCAUCUCCUAGUCAACCUCAGUUGCCUACUAGUCAAAAGAGUCCAGCUCAAAAGAUGCUUUGGGCAGACUAUCAGGACAGUCAGAUCCCUAUGAUUUGA